GGCGCCCCGGUGCAUGCUGGGCCGGUGGUGGGCGGUGCUUGGUCUUCCAUCAUGGCGGCGGCUGUGGUGUCCGGAUUCUGGUUCUGGGCUGCACUACUUAUCCCUGUGUCCGCGGUCUAUGAAGACCAAGUGGGCAAGUUUGACUGGAGACAGCAGUAUGUUGGGAAGCUCAAGUUUGCCUCGUUGGAAUUUUCCCCUGCGUCUAAGAAGUUGGUUGUGGCCACAGAAAAGAAUGUGAUUGCAGCGUUGAAUUCCCGUACUGGAGAGAUCUUGUGGCGCCAUGUUGACAAGGGCACAGCAGAAGGAGCUGUGGAUGCCAUGCUGGUGCAUGGACAAGAUGCAAUCACUGUAUCCAAUGGAGGCCGAAUCAUGCGUUCUUGGGAGACUAACAUCGGAGGCCUGAACUGGGAGAUAACGCUGGACAGUGGCAGUUUCCAGGCACUUGGGCUGGUGGGCCUGCAGGAGUCAGUGAGGUAUGUUGCAGUCCUGAAGAAGAUGACUCUAGCCCUCCAUCACCUCUCCAGUGGGCACCUGAAGUGGAUGGAACACCUUCCAGAAAGUGACAGCAUCCAUUACCAGAUGGUGUAUUCCUAUGGCUCCGGGGUGGUGUGGGCCCUCGGCAUCGUUUCCUUCAGUCAUGUGAACAUUGUCAAGUUUAACGUGGAGGAUGGAGAGAUUGUUCAGCAGGUCAGAGUUUGGACUCCAUGGCUGCAGCGUCUCACUGGAGCCUGUGGCAUAGUAGAUGAGGCUGUACUGGUGUGCCCUGACUCGAGUUCAUGUUCCCUCCAUACUUUGGCCCUGGAGACUGAGUGGGAACUGCGGCAGAUCCCCCUACAGUCUCUCAACUUAGAAUUUGGAAGUGAAUUCCAACCUCAAGUGCUGCCCACACAGCCCAACCCUAUGGAUCCUUCUCGGGCCCAGUUCUUCUUGCAUUUGUCUCCAAGCCACUAUGCUCUGCUGCAGUACCGCCACGGAGCUGUAACUCUGCUCAAAAACUUCCCCCAGACUGCUCUUGUGAGCUUUGCCACCACUGGGGAGAAGACAGUGGCCGCAGUCAUGACCUGUCGGAAUGAAGCUCAGAAGCCUAGCAGUGCUGGAGAUGGGGCCAUGGGCAGCUUUUCUGAGAAGUCUAAUGCACAGGACUCACUUGCUUGCUUCAACCAGACCUACACCAUUAACCUCUACUUAGUGGAGACAGGUCGGCGGCUGCUAGACACUGCGAUUUCAUUCAGCCUGGAGCAGAAAGGCACUCGGCCUGAGCGGCUGUACAUCCAGGUGUUCUUAAAGAAGGAUGACUCAGUGGCCUACCGAGCCUUGGUACAGACACAGGACCAUCUGCAGCUCUUCCUACAGCAGCUAGCUGGGAAGGUGGUGUUGUGGAGCCGUGAGGAGUCCCUGGCAGAAGUGGUGUGCCUGGAGAUGGUGGACCUCCCUCUGACGGGGGCCCAGGCUGAGUUGGAAGGAGAAUUUGGCAAGAAGGCAGCGAUUCAAGACGGCUUGCUGGGGAUGUUCCUGAAACGCCUGUCAUCUCAGCUCAUCCUGCUCCAGGCCUGGACUUCCCACCUCUGGAAAAUGUUCUAUGAUGCACGGAAGCCACGAAGCCAGAUUAAGAAUGAGAUCAACAUUGACACCUUGGCUAGAGAUGAAUUCAACCUGCAGAAGAUGAUGGUGAUGGUCACAGCUUCAGGCAAGCUUUUUGGCAUCGAGAGCAGCUCUGGCACCAUCCUAUGGAAGCAGUAUCUACCCAAUGUCAAGCCAGACUCCUCCUUUAAGCUGAUGGUCCAGAGAACCACUGCUCACUUCCCCCACCCCCCUCAGUGCACGCUGCUGGUGAAGGACAAGGAAACAGGCAUGAGCUCCCUGUAUGUCUUCAACCCUGUUUUUGGCAAGUGGAGCCAGGUGGCUGCCCCUGUGCUGAAGCGCCCCAUCUUGCAGUCCUUGCUUCUCCCAGUCAUGGAUCAAGACUAUGCCAAGGUGUUGCUGCUGAUAGAUGAUGAGUACAAGGUCACAGCUUUCCCUGCCACUCGGAAUGUCUUGCGACAGUUGCAUGAGCUAGCCCCUUCCAUCUUCUUCUACCUGGUGGAUGCAGAACAGGGACAACUCAGUGGAUAUCGUCUUCGAAAGGAUCUCACCACUGAACUGAGCUGGGAGCUGACCAUUCCCCCAGAAGUACAGCGGAUCGUCAAGGUGAAGGGGAAACGCACCAGUGAGCAUGUCCAUUCCCAGGGCCGGGUGAUGGGGGAUCGCAGUGUGCUCUACAAGAGCCUGAACCCCAACCUGCUGGCUGUGGUGACAGAAAGCACAGAUGUACACCACGAGCGCACCUUUAUUGGCAUCUUCCUCAUCGAUGGUGUCACUGGCCGCAUCAUCCACUCCUCCGUGCAGAAGAAGGCUAAGGGCCCCGUCCACAUCGUGCAUUCAGAGAACUGGGUGGUGUACCAGUACUGGAACUCCAAGGCUCGGCGCAAUGAACUGACUGUCCUGGAGCUCUACGAGGGCACUGAGCAGUACAACGCCACAGCCUUCAGCUCCCUGGACCGGCCCCAGCUGCCCCAGAUCCUCCAGCAGUCUUACAUCUUCCCCUCUUCUAUCAGUGCCAUGGAAGCCACCAUCACCGAGCGGGGCAUCACCAGCCGACACCUGCUCAUUGGGCUGCCUUCUGGAGCAAUUCUUUCGCUCCCCAAAGCCUUGCUGGAUCCCCGGCGUCCUGAGAUCCCAACAGAACAAACCAGAGAGGAGAACUUGAUUCCCUAUUCUCCGGAUGUGCAGAUCCAUGCAGAGCGAUUCAUCAACUAUAACCAGACAGUCUCUCGAAUUCGAGGCAUCUACACAGCACCCUCAGGCCUGGAAUCUACUUGUUUGGUUGUGGCCUAUGGUUUGGACAUCUACCAAACCCGAGUCUACCCAUCCAAGCAGUUUGAUGUCCUCAAGGAUGACUACGACUAUGUGCUAAUUAGCAGUGUCCUCUUUGGCCUGGUUUUUGCCACCAUGAUCACAAAAAGGCUGGCACAGGUGAAGCUCCUUAAUCGAGCCUGGCGGUAAAGCGGAAUCAUCCAUGCCAGAGUGGAGAGCCUCGGGGAAGUGGGUCAGCUGAGGAGCUGCGGCUUCGGUUUGGUGGAUCAGUGAGGCUCUCAUCUCAGUUUUGUCUGGGGAAAGAGAUGAACCUUCACGUGGAACUGCUUCAGAGACACAUGAUGCAGUCCUCCAUGCACAGAGACCCAUCUCGCCCAACUCGGGAGAUCUGCUCCCCCGAUCCGAUCUGCUCUCCCCAAGCCCAAGGCCACCUCUUUGCUGCUUUAUCUGCCUGGCCAUGGAUGGUCUGGGGUUUUUUCUUUCUAUUUUCCCCCUUUUGUAAGACCUGCAAGUGAUUUUUCUCUUUCAUGAGGUCUGUUUAAAUCAACUUUAGUUUGCCGUCCGUGUCUCCCAGACUUACCUAGAAGUCCUGACAACUUCUCUGCCUCUUGCUUCAGAGCUGGCAGGGAGCUCUUCUUGCUAGCUCCACUUUAUACUCACACUUGGCUCCUUGACCUCGAUGGGCGACACAGGAGCCAACCUUAGCUGAGGUUUGAGGACUGAUCCCACCUCUAGUGGCUUCUGUUCAAAGUAAUAGGUUGGGGGAAUCCAUACGUGGGGUCAGAACUAAUUUUAACCAAGCUUUUGGUUUCAUGCUAUCAUUUCUAAGAUUGGACCGCCUAGUCUCUGUUUCAGCUCCUCAAAGCCAAGUGCAUAACAGCAGUCUGGUUUUGUGGCCAUUGCCUGUGCUUUUCUUCUGUGAUGUAUCAGAGCCGAAGCCUUCCAAAACAUCUGAAUUGUCUGAACCCUGGUGAGCUUUCAAGGGAAGAGAGAAUCUGCUCCAUGUCUCACUGAGGGUGCAGGCUGGUCUAGUCAUCGCAUAACUAGGUAGAGAAAGGUAUCUUUGUUGAAAAACCAUAUUUAUUUAUAGUUUAGGUUUUUGGUUUUUUUUGAGACAAGUUUUUCUAUGUAGUCCAGGCUGGCCUCAAACUUGUAAUCCUCCUGCCUCAGUCUCCCAUUGUUGGGGUUAUAGAUAUUCCCUACCAUGUCUGGCAGUGAACAAGUUUUAAAUAUUAUUGCUCUACUUUUUGUGUGGUGUUAGGGAUCAAAUCCAGGGUCUCAAAAACACUAUGCAAGUUUUCUACUGGUGAGCUCUCUACAUCCCCAGCCAGUCUGACAUAAAUCAACAUGUGGGUCAUUAUAUCUCUCUAAAGCAGAUUUUAGAUCUUACUUUUUUUUUGGUGGUGGAGCAGGGUGAGAAGGCCGUACUGCGAAUUAAGCCCAGAGCCUCAUACAUGUUGGACAAGUGCUCUACUACUGAGCUGCAGCCCCAACUAAUAUGACCUGUGCAUUUUGGGUGGGGUUUGUUUUUUUGUUUUUGGAGACAGGAUCUCACUAUGUAGCCCUGGUUGGUCUGGUACUAGCUACAUAGACGAGACUGGCCUCAAAAUCACAGAGAUCCCAAUGCCAGAAUUAAGGGAAGGUGUGCAUGCUGCGCUGCUGGUUGGCUGGGCCUCUGUGUGCUGCACAUUAAAAGAUCUGUUUUGUCUUAGGUGUGGGUUUGGGGCCUGAUGGACUGGGGACUGAGUCUUCUGUUGUGAAGAAUGAAGGGAGAUGGAGGUGAUAAUCUCUAGACCUGUGCUGGGAGGUGUCCUCAAGUGUGGGAAUAAAGCUAAUGAUCAGUG